UCUCUACUUGCUAAGAAAUAUUAUGAGUUGAAAAACCUAUUCGUCUGCAGCAAGUCUGUAGUUCAGAUAUACUGUAGUUACAGUCCUUUUGUGUAGCUUGCUCAGUUCAAUGUAUAAAUAAUAAAUGUAUAUGAGAGUUUUUUCUCUUCUUAGAAUGCCAUAACAAUUUUUAAAUAAUAUUUGAAUAUUUUCUUACUGUAUUUUGAAACUUUAUUUUCAUUUUUUGUAUUUAAAUAAUUUAGUUCAAAUGAAAUUUUUAGAAGCAAAAGUUGUAACAUUAGGCCAAUGGGGUGUUGGAAAAACUGCCGUAACUCAAAGAUAUGUCAACAAAACAUUUGAAUCUGGCUAUAGAAGUACAAUUGGAGCAUGUUUUCUAUGUUGUAAAUUAAAUAUUGAAGACAUAAAUCUGACAUUACAAAUUUGGGAUACAGCAGGAGAAGAAAAAUACAAAACAAUAUUGCCAACGUACUGUAGAGCUGGAAAUGUAAUUUUAUUAAUUUUCCAUUUAACAUCAUAUGAAUCGAUCACAAAAAUAAAAACAAUUAUUUCUGAAUUACAAAAACAUUGCGAAAAACAUGUCGUUGUGAUUUUAAUAGGCAACAAACUUGAUUUGAUAGAAACGCGAGAAGUGUCCGAAAAAGAAGCAAAAGAAUUUGCUUCUUCAAUUGAUGUAUCAUAUUAUGAAGUAUCAGCAUUGACAGAUUAUGGAAUUGAUGAUGUUUUUCAGAAGGUAGCUUCUGAAUUGGUUAAUUUAAUUAAACAAGGGAAUACAAACUCGCUGGAAAAUCAGGACAUUUUCAUUAAUUCAGUUUUAGAGAAUAAAACAAAAAAAGAGUCUGUGCCCGAGGAACAAAACAUAAUGCAGUCAUUAAUCACGUCGUCCCUCAUAACACGAUAUUUUUCUAGAAGCUUUCAUCGAAAAUCACUGACAUUCAAAUGGAUGGUUCCUGGAAAAUCAGGAUAUCCCGCUCGUAGGAACCUUACACCGGAAAACACCUUGAAAAAGAAACAUCUGGAAGUUGUAGGAAAGCAUAAAAGAAACAAAUUCCCGAAGUCAUUUGAUGAUCUUAACAAUGAUGGAAAACCUCUUGAUACUGGUCACCAUUUCAUCUUGGGCAAACUUAUAGAGCACAAUAAUUACCGUAAUAAGCGGAAAGGUGGUUUAAAUUCAGCAUUACAAAGUCCGUUAAAACAACAAUUGGCAUUCGUACCCCAAGUGAUAAACAAGGCUAAUGAAAAACUAGGCCUCAAUGGCACAACACUUAAAUCUGAAGAAGACGGGACGCAAAUAUUUGACGACGAUGACCUCAUGUAUUAUGUGGAAAAGGACAAACCUAUCUUGGUAAUGCAAGAAAGUCAGCUUUGGGCCAAUCGCAGUAUGACUAACUUACUGUUGGAUUUACCUGUUAUUAGUCAUACGGAAAAUCAAACUUUGCAGCCUUCUGAAACAGGGUUGACUCAAAACGUAGAGAGUCAACUGGAGUUGUCCGAUGUUCCCAAUUCGCUCGAUGUGCCAGAAGCUCAAGAAGGAGGAGAAGAAGUAGCUCAAAUUCCGCUAGACGAAAACAAUGAAGUAAAUGAGUUUCUUGUGCAAGAACGAACGAUUUUCACUACGUGGGAGGAUUAUCAAGUUGAUUGGACGAAAAUCUCGUCAGACGCUUUGGAACUGUGCAAUCGAGGGACCAAAGAUAAUGAUGUUAUCAAUCGCGUCAUUCGUCAAGUUAUUGGAAGCAUGCUUUUCCACAAUGUUCCAAUCAAAAAGAAGCAUUUAGAGCUCAUAGCUAAGCAGUUCCGAGACAAAUUCCCGAAGUCAUUUGAUGACCGUACGAAUGAUGGAAAACGUCUCGAUACUGGUUACCAUUUCAUCUUGAAGAAACUUUUAGAGCACAACAAUUACCGUAAGAAACGAAAAGGUGGUUUAAGUACAGCACUGCAAAUACCGUUAAAACAACAACGUGCUUUGGAAAUAAGAAAAAGUGGGACCAUCAACUGGCAGCCGGAUGAACAUCCAGAAGGGAAAACCGAGGAAUCUUUGAAACUGAAACAGGAUUUCCUAAAAAAUAUUAACACCGACGCGACAUUCGAUAUGACCACAGGGGAUAUUGCAGAUGCACUCCAAGCAACCUAUUCUUCUCAGAGAUUUUUCAUCAACCAAUUUCCAGGAGAAACGCCACUUUUGCAAAUCCUACAAGAUUGGCCGAUUUUUUUGUCAAAAACUUGCCUUCUUUGGCAUUUUUCAAAAUUAACUGGAUGUUCACUUGACAUACCGCUCGAAAGCUUUCAACAGAAAGUGAAGACGAUUUUAAUUUUUGGAUAUGAAAAAAUGCAUCUGCCAUACGAACACUUGUCGGAGAGCAAACGCCUGCAACACAUGUGGACAGUGAUCCAGAAGAGAUUUAAUGAAAAUGAUGUUAAUCUUCUUCAAACAUGCUCGUUUUCCGUAAACGAGAGAGAUGUACAAAUCAACCUUGCAUAUCCGUGCAUUAUUAGGCGAAGUUUACAAGGUUGCAGAAUUGCUUCAUCGAAUACUGAAAAUCAAGAAGUGAAAAACGAUUUGCCGGUUAUUCCUCAAGAUGAAUUGAAGUGUAGGUACUUUGUUUGUUACGAAAAAAGGGUAUUUAUGCGAUGUGAAUCUCUCUUAGAAUCAUUGCAAAUGAUGAUAUUUUUGUUUUUUGUCUUUAAUGGAAAGUACCCUUCAACUCUCGCAAGUACUUUAGUAUUCAUCGAAAUGUAUAUACUCAAUAUUUAUGAUAAAAACAGUAUUAACAAUCCUUGCAGAGCAGGCAACCGAAAGGCUAAAGAUAAAGUUUUAACUUUGUAUAAUUUAUUAAAAAAAAAAAAACAAUGCGGAUCACGAUCCUUAAAAUGCAACAAACGUCAAUGUAGUCUACGAGAGAGAGCUUUGAAUAAUAAUUUAUGUUUAUCUUAAAGACUGUUACUAAACUUUUCACAUAUAUACGAGUGAAAAUAUUAAACAUAAAUACUGGAAUUAUUGAGACUGAUCUUAAAUACGUUAAAAUAAAAAAUAAAAAUGUUGAGACUGUUAUUAGUUUUAAGAUUGCGAGGUAUCGAAAAAUAAUUUAUACACCAAAAAAGUAUAAGCGUUAUUUGGGUAAUAAUUUAUAAAAAUAUAUGUUUUUAAUUUUAAGGAAACACUAAACUGUUGAA